UAGUCUAGAAGACUAGUCGGUAGACGAGUUAGUGUAGAACCCAGUGAAAAUGAAAAUAAAAUACCAAAGAGCACAAAAUAAAUAAAUAAAAAAAAUCCCCACAACGCCGGAUGAUUAGAAAUAAGUUAAAAUUUCACCUCAAAAAAUAACAACUGUUAAAUUAAAUAAAUAAAUAAAAAAUAUAACCGAAGGAGUGGGAAGUUCACCCUCUUGAAAUAUUCAUAGAAAAAUCGUUGGUAGUGCAGGUCGAGCAUGUCUCCGACGAGAUGAUUCGAUGAUUUUGGUGAGUGUUGAUCGCCAGUGAAAUUGUUGGAGUUAAUUUUGCAACUUCAUAAUGGAUGCAAGUUACUAUUCUGGGGUCAAGAGGAGUGGAAGUGGGCGAUGGGUUUGCCCCAAUGAUAGGCAGCUGGCAUUGAGAGCAAAACUGAGAACAGGAUGGUCCGUAAAAAGUGCAUCCUUAGAUUCACGCACCUACGAGUACUCGCGCUGUUCGACAACAUCCUGCCCUAGUGGGUUAUCCUCAAGCUCUUCAAGUGCAAGUUUACCAUUGAGUGAUGCAGAGAGGGAGCGGAUAAUUCAGGUGAUCCAGCGAGCUGAAGCAUUAGAUUUAUCGGAGCAAGAACGGGUGGGUAAAUUGGUUGAGCGGUUGGAAAAUAUGAAACGAAAUGUCACAGUCGUAACAUCAACGAGAGCAACAAACAGAAACUGCGGUAGCAGAUGUAUUCGUAAUAACCGCUGCAUGUGCUGUUGCGCUUUGUGCGGUGAAAAGUUUACAGUCCUCGGGGCUGGUCCAACAUUGUGUCGUGAUUGUAGAAAAUACGUGUGUCAGAAGUGUGGAGUUGAGACAUGUAGGGCAUCAAGAUCGUCAACGACGAACUUGCAGACUCAUCAGAGAAGAGGAACAUCAGCGUCAAUCAAUAAUUUGCCAUCCGCCGAAGUAUCAGGUAGUGCUAGCAAGCAGCUUGUACCAUCUAAAGUAUUUCUCUGCCGAAUAUGUACAGAAACGAGAGAAAUGUGGAAAAAAAGUGGUGCUUGGUUCUUCAAGAGUCUCCCGAAAUACGUUCUCCCUGAGAAAAAGGUAAAGAAGCCCCGAGGAAGUUCCCGAAGUGCUGGGUGGACUCUAACUGGUGGAUCCAAGUCUCUCGAGCCGUCAGAGCACGACUCCUCCUCGGAUGAGGAAAUUUCACGGAAGCCCACACGAACCCGUUCCUUCUUAUCCUAUAGUCUCUCCACAGAUCCAGAUUUAUCAUCCUCACCGAAACCCGAGCUCGAGGUUGAAGUGCAUAUCGAACCCCAGCCAAAACGCACUUCAUCGGAGGUCCAUGAACAACCGGAGACUCUAGGACAUCUUCAAGUGCAUCAUACACCUCAGUGUCAAUUGAUUGUACCAAACAACUCUUCGUCGUCGACCUCUCCAUCAUCCCCGAUAUCCUCUACCUCACCUCUGCCACCCUCGAGAUCCUCAAGUCGUCUGAGAGACCAGAGCACAAGUCAAACGUCAAUAUUUUACGUUCGCAAUGCCGUCGGCAGCUCCGAAUCCGUCAAUCACGAGUCCUCUAGUCAAUGCGAAUCAACAAAAUCAUCUCUUCGUGGUAGGAAGAGCUCCAGUCAAGGUAACUCUGUUGACAGGGCCCACAGCCGUGGUUCCCUCGAGUUUUCAGACGGUAGCUCGAUAAAACAUGGAUCCAGACGACCAAGUAUCAACAGCAACGGCAGCAGCGAGACAGAUGCAGUCCUGGUGUCCAGAUACGAUCAAGAUCGAAGUCAACAGUGGGGAUAUCGGCGAACGGAAAGCGUCACAGGAACGGUGGAGAAAGCGGAAGAGGAGAAGAACUUGGGGACACUCGAGAUAGCCUUGAGGUACGAGUCAGCAUCCCAGUGUCUUCAUUGCAAAGUGGAGAGAGCAAGGGGUCUACGAGCAAUGGACAUUCACGGUCUGGCGGAUCCUUUCUGCAAAUUGAACAUACUACCGAUAGAUGCAAGUACCACUACAACAAGGAGAUUGAGAACCAAGACGGUGCACAAGACCCGAGAUCCAGAGUUCAACGAGCAGCUCAACUUCUACGGGAUCAUGGAGAACGAUUUGAAGAGCGGAAAAGCUUUGCACAUCCUGAUUCUUCAGGACGAUCCGGCUGGAAGGGACUUUCUAGGCGAAGCCAGAUUUCCGUUGCGAGAACUACAGCCCUCUCAAACGAAAUUUUACAACGUAUUGCUGGAGGAUCAUUACCAGGUGGAUCAAGAGGAGAGAGUGUGGGGCGAGGACAUGACCAACGGUCGUGGGGUGAUAAAUGUGAGUCUGAGCUACAGCACACGUCGACGAGCUCUUCUGGUGACAAUCAAUCGCGCCCACGAUCUUCUACCAAUGGACAGCAACGGUCUUUCUGACCCAUUCGUCAAACUGUGCCUGACAAAGGACCCAAGGGGCGACGAUGUGAAACGUCCCCCGAUAAUACAAAACUCGAGGGACAGCCCCGCCAGGAGACACUCGAAAAAGUCACCGAUCGUGCCCAAGUGCAUCGGAGUUACUCACACCACAAGUGUCAAGUGGAAGACACUCAAUCCAGAGUGGAACGAGGAGUUCGCUUUCGAGACACGACUCACGGAUUUAACGGCAAAUGCUCUCGUUCUCACCGUGUGGGACAAAGACUUCGGAAAGAGUAAUGAUUACCUAGGUGGACUUGUUCUAAGUUGCAACAGUAAAGGCACGAGACUCCGCCACUGGAUCGAUGCAAUCAAGUUUCCAGAUCAUCGCCAUCACUGCAGUCACGAACUGGUUGAGGACAUCGGCUUUCACGAAUAACAAGCGUCAUCAAAUAUUCAAUAGUUAAAGUCAACUAAAAGAAAAAUCUAUUAUCAAAGACGUUUACCAAUCAAAAUGUCUGACAAUAUAUCAUUAGAAGGAUCUAACGAAUCUAAUCUUUAAAAAAAAACUCUGAAAAGUAUCGCACAAUCACGUUUCCAAUUUGCCUCAUUUGAGUUAUUAAAUAUAAUCUAAAAAAAAAGAAAGAAUUUUAAGCAAGCUCUAUCUGUUGAAAUCGUUUCAAAUUUGUUGAUUAUGAAUGAAUAAGGCGGGGAAGAGGAAUGUUGAGG